CAAGAAACCAGACACCUCGCAAUCAGCCAACCCACCCCCUCUUUUUCCUACAUUUCCCUCAGUUCCUCAUCCCUUGGACCAGCUCCUUGUAGUAUUUUCUGCCCCGUCAACACCAACCCCAGCUUGUUUCCAUCUACAAACCAGUAGAUCAUUCUACUCUUUUAGUGCUGUUUGUGACUAAAUCGUCGCGACCAUGCCGCAAGGGGAGACCGAGCCCCUCCUCCCUCGCUAUGAGGAGGACACCACCCUCCAGCGUCGCCUGCAUCAGAAGCUACACACCUACCAGAUGCUCCGGGCCCUCUCGGAUGGGUACAUGCCGUCGACUGAACAGGUUAUCAUCAAUCUCCGCACCUUGCUGGCUUCGGAUGUGCUCUCCACCCAGACCCAUGAUGUGGGCUCCGUGGGUCGUCAGAUCAUCCGCGAUUGUCGUCUCUGGAUUCAGGUUCUUAUCGAAUUCUUGAAGGAAAAGAAUGAGGACGAUAAGCUGCAGGAGUUCUUGUGGCAUCUCGCUCGCUCCAGAGCCUCCAUCGACCCGAACAAGAUCCAACAGCAGGCUCGCCAGAGUCGGGCCAGGGCCGACACUAAAGCAGCGUACGACAGCCUGCGCACCGUGGGCAGCCUCCUGCUCACCAACUCCGACUUCCGCUUGUUCGUGGAUGACCUAGCUACCGUCGGACGGCAGAUCUUCUCCGACACGGCAUUCUCUUUGUCCAGUGCAUCCAAGCAAAUCGGCGAGCAGCUCAAACCAUCUGAGGAAGAGACUAAAGCGGUGCAGGGUGCCGGUGCGGAUGAAGGCCAUACCCCGACGGGUGAGGACCUGCGACACGAAGCAACCGAGGUGGCGGAGAUUGCCGGCAAUGGCCUGGCUCGCACCGGCAAAGAUGCAGUGAGCAGCGCAAAGGAGCAUCUCGCUGGCCGGGAGAAAGAGGCCCUCCUGUAUCGACUGAAGCAGACUGUCCUCAAGCUCAAGGACCGCACUGACUACUCGGAUUCGAUCUCGACUCUAGGCCAGUUGAUUCGCCGGUAUGCUCAAGCCUACGUGAACGCGGCCUCUGAUGUCGUGACCGCGGCGGAAGAAGAUGUCGACGUCAACGUGGAUCUCAAGCAGGCAAUGCAGCACUUCUGGAUCUUGUUGCAAUCGUUUGGUGAUGCCGAAGAAUGGAAGGCGUUGGAGCAGCGCUUUGAAACUGUAUUGCAGCACGCUAACACGGAUCCCGAAUUUGAAAAGUUUCUGUCGGAGACCGGUUCCGUGGUGCAGGAGAUGCUCACCGACCCCAAGUUCUUUGACACCGCUGAAGAGAAGUUUGACGAGCUGAAGGAGAAGUCCAAGGAGGUCAAGACUGAAUCCCGAUUUAGACAGGAUGUGGAUGCUUUUCUAGUGCAGGCUAAACGAGCCCUGCGAACAGUGCCCGGCGAUAAGGCUGUGUCCAACCUGGUCAACGCGACCCACAAGCUCUACAGGGAUAUCUGGGAAGGCUAUCACAGCCGCGAGGGCCAGCUGCCGGCAGACUUGCUUGAGUGUUUCCUGCCCCUGGUUCUCCGUACAGUGCAGUAUAUCCCGAUUCCCCGCUUAGAGAUCUCAGCCCCCGAGGUUGAUCUGCUACUGGAGAGUUUGAUUCUGGAGCCGGGUCGGACGGUCAAUUACUCGUCCUUCCUUCCCUACCGCAUGCACGUCACCACGCGCAACGAUAUCGACAUCCUGAAGAAGCACUCCAAGAGAACCGCCACCGACAUCAAAACCACGUUCACAGCCACUGUCAACGGAUUGAACAUCAGUGCGUCCGAGUUCGGAUACUGGCUGCGAACACACUCCGGCCCCUUCCUGCGAUUUAACGACGAAGGUGUCGCCAGCUUCUUCCUCGACAAGCGCGGCGUCGACAUCUCGCUGGACAUCGAGGUCGGCAGAGAAAGGCUGGAACAGAUCUUCACCCUGCGCGGGGUCCGCGUGCAGAUCCACAAGCUUGACUACAAAGUGCACCGCAGCAGAUGGAAGUGGCUGCUCUGGCUGACCAAGCCCUUCCUCAAGCACCUCGUGCGUCGAGUUCUGGAGAAGAAGAUUGCCGAGCAGAUCGGCCAGGCCGCGUUCGCCCUGAACCGCGAGCUGGUUUUCGCCCGCGAACGGCUGCGGGCGGCCCGCAUCGCCAACCCCCAGGACCUGGCGAGCUUCGUGCGGGCCGUGCUGGCUCGCCUGAAGGCACUGCCCGAGACUGACGUCGAGACCCGCGUUGGGCUCGAGCCACCUGGUGAGGGCGUGUUCAAGGGGGUGUAUGCCCCUGGCAGUCUAGUCAAGGUCUGGCAUCAGCAGGCACUACGGGCGGAGGAAGCCAUUGAAGAGGGCGACGAAAACCGGACUUUGGCAGGAACCUGGCGUAAUGAGAUCUUCGACGUGCCCGUUCGUCGUGCUUGAGAUUAUUUGGGGAAGUAUUGCUUGUGACUGAUGGAAUACGAGGUCUGGUCUGGGGGAGAAUGCAACACAACAAUGUAUAGUUCUUGGUCUGGGAGGCGUUUUUCGGGUGUGAUUACCAGCGUUGCUUUUGCUAAGUUCAACGAGCUCAAUGAAUGAAUUAUCUUUUGGCU